GUGCAGACGACUUGUUCUUCUACAAAGCAGCUACCUUCUGACUAACAGAGAGAAGAGCUGAGCAACUAUGAGAUUAUCAGCAGCUGUGACCGGAUUUGUUGUUAUCUUCAGCUCUGUCUCAGUGGUACUUGGUCAGACUGGUGAUGGAGUGACUUACUCUUCUACUCAGAUCUGUGCUGUAAAAGGAUCAACGGUGGAAAUAAGCUGCAGCUACACGUACCCAUCGAGUAUAAAUGGGAAGGUCACCGUGGUUGAAAAAGCUGUAUGGUUUACUAAAAUGGAAGGUGGUGAACCUGUGGAUCUGAUGACAGACGCAGAGCUUUUGGGUCGUGUUCAGUAUCACUGUGAUGAGAACAAGUGCACUCUGAGAAUCUCAGACUUGAGAGAGAGAGACUCAGCUAAGUACAAGUUCAGAUUCAUAACAAACCAAGAAGGUGGACGUUUUACUGGUUCACCUGGAGUCACUCUGACUGUCUCAGUUCUCCGUGUAGAGGUUAAAACAUCUUCAGGAUCAAGUCGGGUAGAGGUGAAGUGUCAGAGCAGUAGUCGUCUAUCUGCUCGUUCCUACGUCUGGUACAAGAAUGGAGUGAACAUGAACAAAGACACUUAUUCAAUCAAACAAUCCUUUGAUUGGGGAGACAGUGUUUCCUGUGCUGUUAAAGGAUUUGAGAAGUUUCCCUCUCCUCCACGAUGUGUCCUUCGUCAAACCUGCAAGAAAGUGACUUACACUGACAGAAGCAUCUGUGCCAUCAAAGGUUCAUCAGUGAACAUUUCCUCCACAUACAGUCAUUAUUAUUAUUAUGAUGCUAUUGUGUCAAAGUUCUGGUUCCGUCCUGAUCGUAGUCGUCAGUGGAUGAAUCCCUCACAGCCUGAGGACCUGAGUAAAGACUCCCAGUAUUCAGGUCGUGUUCAGGUCCUUGAACCAGAGACAGGAAGAUCCACUCUGAGAAUCACUAACCUGACAGAGAGUGAUUCAUCUGAGUAUCACUUCAAAUUCAAGACACGACGGUUUGAAUGGAGAAGUGUUUUACCUGGAACAACUCUGACUGUCACAGUACCACAUGUACAGGUGAAAGUGUUCUCGUCUCCCAGUGGUCUGAAGCUGAUUUGCCACAGCAGCUGUUUUAAUCCUAGUCAUCCUCAGUUUGUCUGGUUCAAGAAUGGAAAGGAAACUUGGGGAACAACGUUUUCCUACACAGGACACAUCAGUCCGACUGACAGCUAUUCAUGUGCAUAUGAAGGCUACCGCUCUCAUUCAGUGUAUCCUCCAAAGCUUCCCUCUGUAUCAGUGAGUCCAUCUGGUGAGAUAGUGGAGGGCAGUUCAGUGACUCUGACCUGUAACAGUGAUGCUAACCCACCAGCUAACUACACCUGGUACAAGGAGAAUGAAGACUCACCAAAAGCUUCAGGACAGAUCCUCAACAUCACUGACAUCAGACCUGAACACAGAGGGAGUUAUUACUGUGAAGCCCACAACAGAAUGGGACGUCGUAACUCCACCUUACAUCUGGUUGUUGUAGCAAGUGCAUGGAAAACAGGAGCUAUGGCAACAGUCACUGCUGCUCUCUUGGUGGUCCCAGUCCUUGGUGUCUUCCUGUGGAAAAGAAGAAAUGAGUGCUACAAACUGCAGUGUAAAAGUGGAGAAAGACCUGUCAAUACAUCGCAGACAGAUAUGGGUCCAGUGUACGACACUCCGUCCUCCGCAGCAGAAACACAACCAACAGAGCAGCAGGAUGAUGUUCACUACAGCACCAUCAACUUCUCUCAGGGCCAGAUAGAUGUUCUGUACUCCAACAUCAGGCAAGAUCAGCCGAGGAGGCAAACUGAGGAGGAGGAUGAGGACACUGAAUACACUGCUGUGAAAUGUGUUGGUUCUGGUAUUCCUCCAGGACCAAGACGUCAAGAGAACGUGGAGGAUUCGUUUUUUUAAAUUGCAUUUUCCCCCUCUGUGAACAGUGAUGAUGACAAGACACACUGAAUUAUUCAAUUGCAUUUGUCCACAAUGAUAUUACUUGGAAAAGUAAAAUGAUUAAUACCAUUUUUUUAAGUUCCUGGUUUGCCAUUGAUUUAGAAGUCAUAGUGAGUCAAAUACAUGGUU